AUGGAAAAGAACAUCUGUUAUCGGCAACCAAGGAGAAAAGAAAUCGUCUACGACGAUUGCGUACUCGAGGACUCCUUGCCCCAAGGUGACUGGCACAUCGAGGAGGACCCAAACAUGGACUACGAGAUGCUGCUCAGAGGAUUACGAGCCUGUGCUGAACGUGCCUCGAAGCCGCGCACAACAAACUUGGAUCGAAUCUCGAAGACCACCAAGGAAUUCUUGGAAAGAAGAAGGACCUUGAGGCUUGACCUGAAUGCAUCGCACAUUGAGCGCCCGAUCAUCCCCACUGGUGAAGCUCCACCACGGAUUCUCCCUUCGGAAGUACGAGUCGCUAUCAAGAGCGUGAAACUUGGCGCAGCCCCCGGACCUGAUUUUAUAUCAGCAGACUUUUUUCGGGCAGUUGAGAUUGGAGAAGGAGAUAAUAUGAUCUCUACAAUGGGGCAGCUAAAACAGCGUAUCAGUGAGGAAGCCAAUAUUGAUGCUUCUUGCAUGAAGAUCAUUCAUCGAGGAAAAACUAUCAGUGGCACAAAUGAUCUCUCACUGCUCGAUUUGAAUAUUAAGGAGAACGACAAACUCCUAAUCAUGGGAAAAGUAUCAAUGGCAAUGAAGGAUGAUCCUGGAUUUUCUGCUCUUGUUUCUUACGAACAAACCAACCUAUUGCCACUACAGAAAGUGUACGAGGACAUAGACCGUGAUUUCACUUCAAUGGAACUAAACUACCUCGACGUAGAGAAGUCGCUGAAGAUGGCAAAAAAGAUGGAGAAACGAUUGUUGCGUUUUACGGAAACUUGUAUGAAGCAUCUUGAAGCUUUGGAUGGUCUAAACAUUAAUGGGGAACUUACAACCGAACAACAAGCAUUACGUAAUCGAGAAAAGAGGAAAUCUCUCGUUGAUGGCAUCAACAGUUUAUUGAAUGGAAACGACAAACAAGUACGACGUUUGGAAGAGUACAGAAAGAAACUACAAGGAGAAAUAAUUGAAUAA